GACACCAGAGGGAGCGGACUGAUACACUGACAGCGACGCUGCGACGUCGAAAGUUUAAAUCACCUGACGCUGUUUCUCUCUCGCUACAUGUUAUUCUACAACCAUGAAUUCCGACGCAGUUUUGUUGUUAGAGACCGUGAAUUUUGCCGCAGAGAAACACCGUAACCAGCGACGCAAAGACCCAGAGGCAACGCCGUACAUUAAUCACCCCAUCGGAGUUGCAAGAAUCAUCAGCCAUGAAGGAGGGGUCGCAGACAUCGAGGUUUUGCAGGCGGCACUGCUCCAUGACACAGUGGAGGACACGGACACUUCUUUUGCAGAGCUAGAAGCGAAGUUUGGACCGAUCGUGGCUCGUAUCGUUCAGGAGGUGACGGACGACAAAAGCCUGUCCAAACAGGACAGGAAGCGUCAGCAGGUGGAACACGCAGCUCACUGCAGCCGCCAAGCCAAAGUGGUGAAACUGGCUGAUAAACUUUACAACCUGAGGGACCUGAACCGCUGCACCCCCUCCGGCUGGACAGCCGAGCGUGUGCAGGAGUAUUUUGUGUGGGCCAGUGAGGUGGUGAAGGGCCUGAGAGGAACCAACUACGCUCUGGAGGAGAGGCUGGAGGAGCUCUUCAGACAGAGAGGGGUCCAGCUCUGACAACACAUGGGAGAGCACACCAUUUGAAUUACAAUAGGAUACAUUUAUUAGUUGUAAAUUAUAGAAAUAAAUCAUAUUUCAUAUGCA